CAGAGUGUCAUGUAAUCCUUUUAUUUUCUCUACAUAAGUCUGAAGAUAGACCAGAUUGUGUUUGAGUCCAAUUUGUAUACAGGUAGAGCAUCAUGGGUUCAGUCGAAGAGCAUUCAUUUUCUGGACCACCGCAACUCCUCUCGGCUCACGGGCUCCUGUUUGAUUUCGAUGGAACUAUAAUAGACAGCACAGAAGCAGUGAUCAAGCAUUGGCAUAAGGAGGCUGCAGAGAUGGGGGUCGACCCUGAAGUGAUCCUGGCCAAUUCUCACGGACGAAGAAGUAUUGAUACCUUUAUGGAAUUUGAUCCUUCCAAAGCCAACUGGGAAUACAUCAAUCAGCAAGAAGGCCUCAUACCAAAGUUGUUUGGCAAAGACGCAGUAGAGAUUCCAGGCGCCCGAAAACUACUCGACAGUCUCAACACGGUCAAUGCGCCAUGGGCGGUCGUCACAUCAGGGACUGGUGCUCUUCUCAAUGGAUGGAUUGAUGUUCUCAAGAUUGCGCACCCGCGAUGUCUGGUCGUUGCGGAGGACGUUGAGAACGGCAAACCUGACCCGUCCUGUUAUCUGCUCGGUCGCCAGCGACUUGGGCUUUCCGAGGACUCACAGAUGAUCGUUAUUGAAGAUGCGCCAGCUGGUGUCCGUGCAGGCAAGGCCGCCGGCUUCAAGGUCAUCGGUUUGUCUACGACACACAAGAUCUCGCAAUUGCAGGAGGCUGGUGCAGACUGGAUCGUCGAGGACCUGAGGAGUGUGACACUGAAGAGUUUCAAGCAGGAUGGACCUGUGCAGAUCGAGAUCACCAAUGCAUUGGUCCAAGCUCUGUAAGAUGUGAAGGGAGCUGUCAAGAUCAUUUACUCGUAUAAUGAUUGAUCAUUGUCAAGCAUGGCGCUAGGGGGUAUUGGACUUGUAUAGACGGGCCAUGGCAUCCGAUAGAUAACGUUACAUACAAUAGAGAUAUGUGGAUCAGAGCUCGAGCAGCCUUGAGGAAGCAGCCGCCCUGACGACGAAAGAUGUUCGUCCGCAACAGCCGACUGAGUGCCCGUCGAUCGCGAAGAUCGAUACAAUGAUACAUAUGCUCUGAUAACUGCAAAGUUGUCAUGUAGAAUCCAC